GCUGUCAAUGAAGUGUGCCCAGUGGAGGAGCAGGUGGUGGAGUGUGCCAACACGUCUAUCUACAGAUGUCCCUCCAACCUAACUGUCACUGAAGAGAGUGAACCCAUCUCAGAAACUGACAUCAGGUGAGAGAAACAGACUGUUGUGUGUUUGACACAGGAAGUUGUCAAAAGCAUUUUACAAUAUCAAUGUUCUGCCACUGAUUCCACAUUUUGAUUGUCUGCUUGUGUUUGUGAACAACUGUGGGUGUGCAUUUGUGGGCUUACAAUUGUGUGUUUCUCUGCAGGAUGUCAGAACCAGAGCUCCCAGUCCAAAGAAGCGCCACCAGCCCCAGCCGGAUCAUUUGUGGAUCAGUGUCCAUGGCUGGACUGCUGGCUAAGGUCAUGCAGGUUGCUGGUGUCCAGAGGGCUCAGACCCGGGUGGACCGCCGCCACCUCACACGGAGCUGCAUCCAGCGGCAGAACAGUGUCCGCCUGAGAGCUCAGCGUCACUCCUCCCGCACACGCACAACCUACCUCCAACAGCCAGGCCACCGCAACUUCAGCCAC